AUGAUCACUGCCACCACCGUAGGAUUUAUCGUCGGCUUGUUAUUGAAGACCUCUGUAGCAGUCCAACAGAACGUCUCAUUUCUGAAUGGACUUCCGGAAAACUUCACGUCGGAUGGCGCCAUCGAUGUGCAGUACACGUCGUGCAAAGUAAUCACCGACCGUAUCGUGGCCACCGCCGAGGGAAAGUUUUCACGUUUUUGUCAUGGGAUUUGCAACAUAAAUGAGACAAACGCAAGGCUGCAUCGCAUCGAAACUUUGUUAACAGCAGAUGCGGAAAAUAUAAAACAACGAUUAUUUUAUAUGGAACGUGUUUUGUUGAACGGACAAAUCAUAAGAAAACCCAGUGAGGGUGACGCGGUGGACACAGGGAGACUCCGGGAGAUCGGUACGUACAACGGCACAGUGUCCACCACCGAGGAUGGCCCCUCAUCAGGGGCCCGACCACGGGGUCCGACCACCGCGUUCGUCUACUACUGGCGCGUGGACGAGUUCUGGAGGCUGUCGUUCUCAGCGGACGGCCUGGCCCGCAGCCCGCCGUUUUACGUGUCGCCCCGCAGCUACCGUAUCUCGCUGACCGUCCACUCAGACGUGACGGCCCGGACGGUCCGCGUGGCCGCAGUGCCGGCCGCCGGCGAGUACGACGCUCAGCUCAGGUGGCCGUUCGCUCACCGGCUCCGGCUCAGCGUGCUCGACCAGACGGACGUCGGGCCCGAGGACAUCGUGUCCCGCGUCUGGGACGACGUCCGGUGCGCCGCCUCACCACCGUCACCGCCGACACCGCAGCACUACCGCCAGAACCAGCCAGCCCCGGAAGUCGUCUGCGCGUCUAUGGAGUUCCGGCAUGACGUGCUGACGUACAGGCGUUACGCGGCCGGUGACGCGCUCGUCGUCAAGCUGACGGUGUUCUUGCAGCAGUAG